CCAUGGACCGCAGCGUUUAAUAUCAGCUGUGAAAUGACAUAACUGGACAUAACCUCUCGGGUAUUUAAAGCGCAUCGUGCUCUGCGGGAAUGUAGAUAAAGUGAAUAAAUACUAUGUCUAUUAGUGUCGAAAACGCCGGCGUUUGGGUCGCAUAAUUAGAUGGAUUCAUAAUGCACAAAUUCAUUUUGUCAUAUCGGGGAAUAAAGUUCCUGCGACAGUUUGGGGUUAGAUUGGACUCAGCUCAGGAUCUGAAGAGCCCACAGAUUUUAGCAGCAUGUACAACCAGUUGCAAUUUGCCCCAGGUGCAGUUCUACAGCGCUUGGAAGAAGGCGAACGAUGCGUCGAUCAGAAUAUUUUACGAGUACGAAGAAGGAUGCGACAGCGACGCAGACAACUCGCAGGCCAAGUGGGAUAGCGUUGAAAACAGGUAUGCGCACCGCAUUCUGGAGCAGAGAAAAGCUUACAAAGCGACAAUUGUCUAUCCACCCAAGGGGUUUGAAAACCAAAUCAUAUCUACGGACGAGGUGGACAAGUUAACGCGGACGAAUUGGAGGCUCGAGAGUAUCGCGAAGCUGGUCGAGAGCUUCAGGAAAAUAUCUCAAUACGCCUUUCAGAACAACGAGAACAUAUACGCUGAAAAGUACCAGCUCAUCAUGCUGACCCUGGCGACAAACUGCAAAAUAUUCAGCGAUGAACAGCUCAGCCAUGUCCUCCGCUCGCUCAUGCUCUGGUUCAUAGAAUGCAGCGAACAGGAUUCCAACUUUUCACAUCUUUACAGAGUCCUUGACCAGGAAUGCAUGGCUCGAGCCGAAAAUUGGUCUCAUUCACAGCUCCUUCUGAUCUCCGACCACUGGUACAGGCUCAGAUUGAUACGAAAGUCAAGAUUCAUGAAACACGCUAUAAUCAACCUCGGUAACAAUGUAUCGGAUCUUUCGCAAUCCCAUUUAGUGCAGCUUUUGUUCUACAUCGGCAUAGCUCGCAGCGGACUUGUUAACUUUAAGGAAAUUCAAGUCAGACUCAACCCCCUGGUGUACAAUUUGGACGUCGACGAAUUAGCCAUCAUUGCACUUGGGUUCUUCAAAAGCCAGAAUCCGAUUAGGGAUCGUAUGCUGCUCACAACCAUGAUUAAGAAAACGACUCAAAAAAUUGACGUCAUCGAGGACAUCAGUUUGGCUGCUAUGCUCAAAAUCACUCGUCUGUUUCGUGUGUUUUUCAGCUUUAGCAUCCACCACAAUGACCUCAGGCACCUCUGCAAAUUAUUGGAGUGCACGAUACCCCAGAUACCACGACUCUCGAUGACCUGCUUGUCUCACGUUGUAUUGGCUGCUGCGACUAAAAGCUUAUUUUAUGCAGAAUUGUUGAAUGCCGCCACAGUGAGAUUCUAUAGGGAAAUGUCCAAGGUCAGGAUGAAGGAUAUAAAUUCGUUAGUUUUUGCUCUUUCCUCAUUUCACUACGUUCCCGAAAAGCAACCGAACAUCCUUAAUGCGAUCAUAGAUGAACUGAACGCAUCUAAACGUGAGCCUGAAAUGAAGAGGUACCCGGACUGCCUUGCAAAGUGCCUGCAUAGCCUUAGCUUACUUAACAAACACCCGAAAAAUUUAAUAGCCAGAGUGUUGGAUCCUAAGAACAUCGAAAAAGUGUACGGAUCGAACGUGAACAUAAGACGGGAAAUAUUUGCUCUAGACUUGGAUGUCGAGACUGAAAUGCCAGACUAUAGCGGCCCGAGACUCGACAUGCAUUCGCGGGAAAGCAUCGCCAUGAUGAUGACGGACCCUCUGCCGAAUUUUAAGGGUCUGCAACUCAACUUUUCCGAUUACUUGAUGUUAGAUGUGAUAAGAGUCUGCGAGGAAUACCUAGGCUCGAAGAAAAUGGUCCACGUAGAUCACGUAUUGCCGCAAUACUACCACCCAGACAUAAUCGUUUGCCUGGACGACAAGAAGCGUCCUGUUCCCAUCAGCUCGGUGUUGUCAAAGAUACCUUUUGGAAGCGUUAAACGGGCUCCAAAAAUCGACGCAGAUGGUACCAAAUGGUUAGCUGUAGUGAUAGGCACCCGAAAUGCGCUUGCGAAAAAUACUAACCGUGUACUAGGACAUUUUUGCGCUAAGCAGAGGCAGCUUGAAUAUAUCGGCUACGAUCCUUUUUUGAUAUUUUGGCAGGACUGGAGCCAGCUCAAAAACGACGAACAAAAGUUCAAAUACCUACAGUGCAAAGUUUUCUGCUAAUCUGAACACUCAUCGUCAUCAGUAUCGGUACGAAUUUUAUUGGGUAAUUUUUUUCUCUUUUUUUCAUCUUCCGUCAUCAUCGAGACACCUUUGAGUGUUCAAAAUUUUGUCCGGGAGCACGAUGCCGCCAUUUGUAUAUAUAUACACACACAUAUAUAUAUAUUACAUACAUAUAUAUAUAUAUAUCUAUAUAUAUAUAGAGAAAUAUAAAGUAAUGUAAAGAAGUUUAAAAGUCUAUCACGUACACUUAAUAAACUUCGUUCGUAAAUAAUUAAUAUAAACAACAUACUCGUUAUAUUACGUCGAAAUAGUUUACUUUCGAUCGUUGCGCGUUGUUCCGCUCCUUCACGAUUAUGAAGGGUCUGGAAGGCGAACAGAUUUUCUUCUUAUCCGAUGACGCACUCUUUUUAUCACCUAUGCAGACUCGCGGCUUGCGUUCUUUCGCGGGUAAAUUAGCUGGCGAUGCGGACGCUCCGCAUGUCGAUUUCUUGCAUAUUCGGGCCUUGAGUUUUUUGCACACUUUUCUGUCGCACACCUUCUUAACCAGGUAAACCGGCGACCUGGGCGGUUCUAAUGCCGGUGAAAACAACAGGUCUCCAACCUGCAGGAGAACGUUAUCGAUACCAAAAAUCGGUUGGUCAAUUCAUUGCAAAAAAUUAUCAGAAUACAGGAGGAUUCAUGUUUUUUACAGUAGCAAUAGUUUCCGGAAAUAUAUAAUACGUGCCUUUCGCUGAAGAAGCUGAUCCGCGUUAGUGACGUCGGGACACGGCCGUUUUUUCUGUUGAGAGAAAAAAAAAAUGACAAUUAGAUUGUAACAAAAUCGGCGCAAGACCCGAAAAAUCUUGAUUGCAUCGAUCAAAAAGAAGAGAGAAAAAGCCAACUCACAGGCAACUGCUUUUUGGGCCGAACUUUUUUAGAAAUUUUUAUGUUUCCAGUUCUCCUUCUGGAACCAGCUAACUUCCGUUUCUUCUGUAGAAGAACAGGGGGUUACUUUCCAGAUAUUUAUAAUACUAUGUUCGGCAUAAAAUCGAGUCUGAAUCUGUUUUCCUCACCCGUAACGACUUGGAUUUCAAGUCGCCGAGGUCCUUGCUGGUCCUGAGAGCGUCAGAGUAAGAACGCCAGUCUUCAACCUCUUCGCCCUCUGCCGAUUGCUUAACUUCAACGUAAUGCGAGAUAUCGCUGUGAUAUAAGCUGAGAUCCUUCGCCGAACCCCGAUCACUUAUCAAACUGUCUUCGUCCUGUUCCCAGUAAAUUCCCGCCCCCUCACCGUCGUCCGACAUCCUGGGAAAAAUCAACAUCAUCAGUGUCAAAUUUCAAUGAUUUCUAGUCAAAUUUUUGUUGUGAUAUCCCAAUUUCUAUGCAGGGAACGCAUUUUGACAAAUUCCAAUCUCUCUCAAAGAAAUCUAUCCUAGUAUUUUAUAACCCGCAGUACCAUCAGAAAGAAAAUAUUACGCAUAAAUGCCAGAAGUCUUUAGAUUUGCGAUGCAAAGUGAAAUUCUGAGAAAAAAUAUGAAUCUUCUCUUGAAAUUCGUCCAAAUGCCAUCUAUCACUCGGCUUGAUGAGGAAAAGCCUGAAAAAUUAAAGCUCAGAAUUUUUCAGGUUUUCAGCACAAA